AGCUCUUCCCGGCUUUUCUCCUGAAGGUGUCGGAAAGGCGAACUGUGGAGUCCAAGCAAAGUCGCCGCCGUCUCCUUCUUCUUCCUCUUCUUCUAAACAAUUCUUCUUUUGGAGGCGAAUAACGUGACGGAGAAUGCUGCAGGAGCAGGGAAACAGCUCUCUUCCUUCGAGCAGCGAGAGGUCUUCGAGCUCCGCCCUUCAGAUGGAAGUCAAAGAAGGAAUGGAGAGCGACGAGGAGAUCGGGAGAGUGCCAGACUUCGGAUUCGAGUUGGCCGGCCCGUCGACCUCCGGAAGGGAGGCUGCCUCGGCGGCGGGUCCGGAACGAGCCCAGUCGACUGCUCAGUCUGGCCAGCAGCGGAGAGGGAGGAGCCCCGCCGACAAGGAGCACAAGCGUCUGAAGAGGUUGCUUAGGAAUAGAGUCUCAGCUCAGCAAGCAAGGGAGAGGAAGAAGGCCUACCUGACUGAUUUGGAAGCCAAGGUGAAGGAUUUAGAGGCCAGGAAUUCAGAAUUGGAAGAGAGAAUGUCUACCUUGCAAAAUGAAAACAACAUGCUAAGACAAAUAUUGAAAAAUACAACUGUUGGUAGGAGAGGCACGGGAAGCAGUGUCUCGGGAGAAGGCAUGUAGAAUGCAGUGGGAUCUCCUCCCUCGUCAGCACAAUUGGUGUUCUGAGGUGAACUUCGUGAGGACAUUAAUGAUUGGAAAAAAAGUUGCCGAGAUUGUGUUAUCUUCACUUUUAUUUCUUCUCCUUGUUGAUUAAGUAGUGGAGCAUCAUUGUGUUUUUGUUAGCAAAAACAAAAAAAAAAAAAAAAACAAAUUGAAACAUGUCUUUGAUUCAUAUUUUGUGGAUUUAGUUUUUUUUUUCUUUUCUUGAGGAGCUAUUAUUGUCCCUGCAACUUAAGUGGUUUGCAAAAAAGUUGGCUUGAAUCAGUCUGAUUUGCUUAUGGAACAUUGAA